AUGCGUUCGCUUGCGGGAAAGAGGAUUGAUGGCCGGUUUUCAGAGUUCGAUAGCUCAUGUUUCCCGUGGGAAGACACCGAUGCGCCGCUUCCACACCGUGUUCUCGCCAUAUACACUGAUCAUGCCAAAUUGGUCGAAACAAAAGAGGGUCAGAAGGGGUGUUAUGUUGCGUUGAGCCAUUGCUGGGGGAACUCAGAGAACCAGCCACUCAAGACAACAAAGGAAAAUUACGCUGAGCGUCUCGCGGGUAUCCCACUAAAAGACUUACCGAAGACCUUCAGAGACGCUGUCAAGGUCACUAAACAUAUCCGCGUCAAGUAUCUCUGGAUCGAUUCUCUUUGCAUAAUUCAAGAUGACAUUGAGGACUGGAAACAGGAAGCCGCGAAUAUGGGGGCUGUCUAUGAGUACGCUCGCCUCACUAUUGCGGCCACGGACGCUAGAGACAGUACGGAAGGCUGUUUUGUGACUGCACGACAAGACCUUGAAGACAUACAUGAGAGGAUAAAGGCCCUCAGGGCGAAAAUCAUCACUGAAAUGAGUGCCAUAGUCGAAGAAAACUACCACCCAUAUUACACUCGCCUGGGCUCACGCGCUUGGGCACGUCAAGAAUGGUUUCUCUCUCGGCGCAUGCUUUUCUUCACACACGGUGGCAUAUCAUGGAAGUGCAGAGAAUGUGAGUGGAACGAACGCGAGGUUUACUACGACAUGCACGAGAAGCGGUCGUGGCCAGAGCUACUGCAACGGUAUUCCGCCGACGAUCUGACGUACGAGAUGGACCGGUGUGUUGCAUUGGAAGGUGUCGUCAGUCAGAUGAAGACAACCAUGAAGGGUUCCUACCAUUUUGGAGUCUGGACGCAUAUGCCAGAGUUGCUACUGUGGGUGAUGAGGGGGUCAGAGUACGAUAUCAAAGGUCCAGAGGCGCCAUCUUGGAGCUUUGCAAGCAGGUGUGGACCGAAAUUUUAUUGGCAGACAAUGGUGCAGUUUGGCUUUAGCCUGACCGCGGUAAAUCAUACAGAAGGCGGUAUUCGGAUCGAUGAGACAGGAGUCUUGAAUACCACCGUACCGAUGGCAUCGCUCGUAGCAACAGAAACGAGUCGAAACUGGAUCGCCGCCCAGAACCAUAUUCCCUGGGAAUGCUCUCUGGUUCCUGAAUCCGUACUUCUGUACUUUGCGCAUUCAACAAGCCGUCCUGUGCUCUUUCUCUUCGACCCUGGAAAUCCUAACCGUGAGACUGCUAUUGGCCUCGCGAGCUUAGACGAUGCUGUAGUUCCUGACUGUGUGUCCACAACCAGUCGAGUGAAAUGCAUCCUCCUGUCUUCCUGCCAGCGACUCUGUGGUGCGUUCGACCGCACAUCGGCACCUAUCAUGGAAGAACGAAGCCACAUGGUCGUCCCUGAUAUUGACGGAAGUCUAAUGUUGCCUUCGCGUCUUCCAAGCGCAAUGCCGUCUUCUCAGUAUUUAGAAAACCCAGUCUCGAAGUUUGAAUUACCAGAGCAAUUCGACGAGAUGAAAUUGACUGAGCUGAUGAAGUAUAACUUCAUGUUUGACACGAGUAGGUUUGGAGAGGAAGCGAAGGCAAUGGAAAUGCUAACUGACUUGUGGGCAGACUCCAAAAUUGGAUAUCACGGGGGAAAGAGUAUGUUGGAUUAUGCUUGUGAGCGAGGUGGAAGGAAAGCAGGGGUUUUGGAAGAGAAUCGGAAUGGGUAUGUUGGGGGUGGCACCGGUAGACUUGGGUUUUGA